AUGAAUGAUCCGAAACAAACGGUGACGACGGAGAUGUACAUUGUUAAACGCGGUCAGCUGAAUUGCGUCACUGACGAUGGUAUGAUUGUUCUCAGCGUGCUCAAGGCAGGUGCUGUGUUCGGUCAGUUAUCGAUCUUGAAUUUGUCUGGAAAUGCUAGUGGUAACAAGCAUACUGUUGCGGUUCGUUCUGUUGGUUAUACAGAUGUCUACAUCCUUCGCCAAGAAGACGUUAAUGAUGUCUUACAAGAAUAUCCAGAAGCCCGACGUGAUAUGAUUCAGAAAGCGGUGCAGAUGUUGCGAGAUGACAACUGUUGGAAUGAAGCGCUCGUAGAUGAUCAGAAAGAUUUCAAGAGUCCGGCGACAAUCGAGGAACUUUUUGACGAGUAUGCUAAAACAAUCAGCAAAAUCAGCGAUGAAAUCACUCAGCUGUACGAAGCGUUUGACGUAAGUAACUCACUGCUACUGGCUGGCUGUCCGCAACAGUUAACAAGGGCUUCAGAAAAGACGCUUUGA